UGUGCAGGAUACACUGUGAGCAGCUGAGGACAUUAGCAUCCACCAUGACGUCUUCAGACAGCGAGCAGAAGAUAUCUGCAGAGUUGAAACAACUUUCGCUCAUGAGACAACAACUUCUGGAAAGGAAAAAAAUCCAGUGCAUAUUUCAAGAGUUGAGAAAUCGUGCUGAAUUUGGACAAGCAGAGGGGGCAGCCUCAAAUCAGCAUGAGAUUGACAGCAUUGAUGACAAACUGAAACAACUGACAGAGAGGAAGGCUGAACUCCAAAAAAGCCAUGAUAACAUCCUUCAUGCCAAAGAUAAGAAAGAGGAUAGUUUAACUUCCAGUCAGAUGACGGUGCCUGUUGCUCCUGUUCCUGCCUCCAAUAUGAUCUAUAUUGAAGCCCCUCCUUCUAUCCCUGCCCCUACUGUGAUUCUGGACUUGGAAAACUUUCCACCCUGUCCAUGCAGGACACAGUGUCCAGCCUGUGAGCAGUUCAUCGUGACAGAGACUUUUACCUCUGUCAGCAGCUUGACCUGGCUGGUGUGUUUCAUGAUAGCUUUGACUGGCUGCGCAGCCGGUUGUUGCCUCAUACCCUUCUGCAUCGAUACAUUCAAGUCUACCACACACAAAUGCCCGAGGUGUCGGACGUCGAUCAUCACUAUUAAAAAGCUCUGAGAGAAAAGAAACUCUUGAGAACUUGAAGCUCAAAUUGAAAGAACAUCACAUAUUGACCUAUUGGUGGAGUAGUAUUUCAGCUGCAGAGUUUAUCCAUUCAGGAUCAUUAUAAAUCAUUCUCCGUUGUGCAGGAUGCACUGAAUAUCAGUGGUAGAGGGAUAAUGUUUGUCAACGCAAACAUUCAGUUUGCUUUUAAUUGACUACAUGUCAGAAGGAACAUGGGGUGUAGACUAAUAUAGUCUGCCUCUAUGUAAAUGUAUAUAAUGCAAAACCUUCAGGAUGUAUCUGUAUAUCCAAAUUCAGCUUUUACUGAAUUUUAAAAAAUCUGAUCAAUAUGAUCAGAUCACUGUAGCAUAUUUACUAUAGCACUUCAAAUAUGUGAAAUCAGUCGCCUCUUAAGGGUUAGAAAUGUGAAGCU